GUGUCACGCAGGCACCGAGUCCGCUGAGUCACUAGCGCUCGUUUGCUCAGAUAUGUAAACUAACUGAUAACAUACAGCGUACAUUUGCAGCAUGUUAGGAAAAGUAACCUUGACCAUGGCUUAUCGUACGCAUAAUAACAAACACUCUGCUUAUUGGAAAUUCAAACAGGAUAUUAUUGCUAUUGCGCACUUCGCUUAUUUCAUUAUUUAUUAGCUAAAAAUAGUCAUUGUACCGGUGCAUUGGGUGAAGGUUACUAAAUUAUUUUGACAAUUAUUAUUACUUUAUAUUCGGACUGAUAAAUAAAUAUUUACAAUAAUUUCACACGUUUCUUUAAUAUAUUUUUGCAAAUAAAAACUUAGUUCGUUUGUUAUCGAAUUUAUUCAAUGCAAACCGGUGCCAGUUUUCAUUACAUCGUGAAUCUUUAUGUUCUUCGAACGUAUCGUGAAACUUUAAUUUUAGUACACUCUUAUAUUUUUUUAUAAUCUACAUAAAGUGAAUCUUGUUUUUCGUCAGCUGCAUAUAAACGAUCAAGAGUUAGCAUUAUGUCUUUAGAACUAAUUGUACCGAAUGAAUGGAACGUUAUACCUCGUAGGACAUUGGAGACUGAGUUACUUCGUAUUAUUUCAGCGAAACAGAGUGUUGACCAAACAACAUCAGGUGUCAUAGGUUUCUAUAAUGGAAUCGUAGCAGAAUCUAGAAAGCUUUCUGGUUACUUAUGGUUUCGUAAAAUAGGCGAUCACAGCAAAAAGCCCUAUGUUAAUUGGUAUCAGGUGAUGACAAUUAAACCCAAGGAAUCGCCUGCAACUUCAUCAGAAGAUAUCAGCAGCUGUUCAGACUGUGAUUCUGAAAGAUUGCAAUCGGAUGAUGGAUGCUGUUCCACUUGUGGUGAAGAAGAAUGAUAACUUUA